AUGGGGUGGUUGAAGGAAAUUCAAAUAGUAUUAUAUACGGGUGUUGCCCGCCAAGUUCCCCAACCCAACCAUCUACCAAUGGACUUCAAAUCCACCGACGCCGCUCUCUGGAGAGAAACCCUCCUCUCCUACGAUUCCGUAAUCAAAACCCUCGGAAAACCCGACCUCAUUUCCCACGACGAUUUCUACCGCAAUGACCUCCCAUCUCUGCUCCACCAGCGCGACCCCAAUCCCUACAUCACCACCGCCGAACUCUCCAGACUCAUGCAGUGGAAGCUGGCUCGCGGCAAGUGGCGCCCGCGCUUGCUCUCCUUCGUUUCCUCCCUCCCCGACGCCGUCGUCACCGAUGCCUCCACUAUGGCCUUUGCUGCCCUUCCUGACGUUUCCAAGGCCGUCUCGGCCUUGACGGUGCUCAAGGGCGUGGGGCCCGCCACCGCCUCCGCAGUUCUUGCCGCCUAUGCGCCUGAUGUCGCCCCCUUCAUGUCCGAUGAGGCGAUGGUGGCUGUCCUUGGAAACUCAAAGGAUUAUUCGUUGAAGACGUAUGUCUCAUUUGUGGAAAAAGUGCAAGCUAAGACAAAGGAGCUGUCAUGUUCGGAUGAUGUAUUCACACCAUCAGAUGUUGAGAGGGCGUUGUGGAGCUGUAGUGCAGGCGGCAAAGUGAGAAGCUCAUCGAAAAAGGCAGAUGAAGCCAAGCUGGAGCGUAAGUCAAAAAGAAAGAGGAAACAGUAACAGCCUGCAGUUAUGUACGCGAGACUUAAUAUUUUGCUGCUGUGGAGUUGUAGUGUAGGAGCCAAAGUCAGAAUCUCGUCGAAAAAGGCAGACGAAAUCAAGCCGGAGCGCAAGUACAAAAGAAAGAGGAAGCAGUAACAGUCCGUGGCUAAGUAAGUGAAACCACUAUAUAGUAUCCUCUAUAAAUAUCUUCAAUCAGUUUAAGCUUCACUUCUCAGUGUUUAUGUGUGAAUAAAUAUGAAUCUAAUUUUCUAGAUUCGACUAAAGAAUUCUAGUCCAACCAAUUUUUAUUUGAA